AUGUCCUUCACAGUGCAUUGUUUCAGGUGUAAAAAAAAGCUGACCGCGAUCAGCAAAAGCGCCAACUGCCACAGCCUAGAGAGGUGGAUCCAGGCAACGUCUAACCACCUGUACUGGUGUGCAAAAGCCAGUGGAGGAGAUGCUCGGCUGACAACAGAUGCAUGGCUAAGCAUCCAGAAUCAUGUUGUGGAUAUUCACAGUCACCAUAAUGGAUCCUACCCACGCUGCCUUCAUGGUCCAAUCACAGAUGGAGACUGGCUUGACCCCGAUUCUUUGGCUUACAAAAAAUUCAAAGAAGUGACUGGGAACCCACGCCUUCUCAAAGAUGUUGCCCAGAUGUCUGCCAACACUCAAACUUAUGCCCUUGAAAGCUUCCACAGCCUCCUGAUCAGGUUCGCGCCAAAAUCUGUGGCGUUUUCUCCCGAGGGCAUGCUUUGCAGGACUAGACUGGCUGCUCUGCAUUAUAAUGAAAAUGCCCAACGCAGCCAAGCGGAGACACUACGUGGGGACCUACGUUGGAAAAUCAAGAACUCCAAAGCGAAGCAGGGACACCAAGUGGCUUGUCCUGUCAAGACUGCCCCUACAUUUGCCUACAUUGCAAAGCUGCUUGCUGAAGCAGAAGUGCAGUGCAGGUCGCAUGCGUCAUUUCAGGAGGCAAGCAAGCAAAAGCAGACACGGAGCUUCCCAGCGCCGAUGAGCCACUCGAGGCAACAACUGCCUAAAGAAGUCAUCGUGGCUGCCAGGGUGUCAAGACUAGGCACCUGAUAGAGGCACCUGGUCAUGAUCACAUUGCAUAUCUGCUGCUUUCAAGCUUGUUGUCUGUUUGAGGCUCAGAUUUGUAGUGUUGUUACAACAACGAAGAACAGCUGAGGGUGGCUAUAAAAGCAGACACAACCAAUACACAGGCCUCGGAGACAGACUUGGGGGAGGGGGGGCUUGCUUGGAGAUGACGGCGCGUUGCACAAUGGUAAAAUAGAGGAAGUCGUGGAACAGGAGAUGGAGGGAGAUGCAGUUCCCUUUGCUCUCUGGUACUGACUGGCGACUGCAGAAAACACAUGAUCAUUCCUCAGCUAGCCUUCAUUGGGGAGCUUACUGUACCGGGUUACCAUCAGGGUACAUGGUAUGUCAGAUAC